AUGCCUCACUCCCUCACUCUUCGCGCCAUCACCUUCAACAUCCCACUGCGCUGCUCUCUCACCUCUCCUUGUGCUUUUCAAUCCCCGCACUCCUGGCUGCCGCGAUUUGAGAAGCACGCUGACAUGGCACCUCUGAGGCCACCGCUUGGAUCUGAUGUGCAGGCGCUGGAAAGUGCAGGCGCUGGAAAGUGCACUGCUACCAUCAUGCCAACCCUCGAUGCACUCCUUCUAUUCAUCAUCACUUUCGUUGAGGAUCUGCUGGCGUCAUUUGAUAGCAGCGCUGACGUGGCGGCGCUGAGUCAGCAGCGCACGGGGUGCUCGUGCUACCACAUCCGCAACAACUACUGCUGCUCGCAGAACCUCUGCCUUUGCUCGCCCAUGUGCUGGAACGGCCAGCAGGUGGGUGCAGCCCCAUGUGCUGGAACGGGCAGCAGGUGGGUUGGGUGGAACCUCUGCUUCUUGUGCUUCUUGGGCGAGAGUGAGCCCAUGUGCUGGAACGGGCAAGAGAUGAUCUCGCUGGGGCAGCCACAGUGCGAGGCAGCGAGGGAGCACGCCCCGCCGCCCCCCAACGAGGGCAAGCCCAUCCUGCGGGCGGUGGGGUGCCACAAGGCGGUGGAGUUCAGCGAGGCGCUGCGCGUGGUCACAGACGAGGCCGUCAACUCGCUCGUGCACCUCCGGGCUGCUGGGGGAGGCGGGGGAGGAGGGGGGGAAGGAGGGGGGGAAGAGGGGGGAGAGGGGGCGGUGGAGGGGAAGGGGUGGCUGGAGACGCGGCGGCGAGUGGAGUGGCGGUUUGGGCUCACGCUGUUGCAGCGGUUUGACUACCAGGCCGUGAACGUGGCUCACUUCAUAGGCAAGGCGUUCACGCUGCUGCUGGCCAACAACUUCACGGACCCGCCCGUGCUGCACCCCCUCGUGGCGCGCUUCAUGCUGCCGCGCGACGACUUCACGCUCGAACGGUGGCGCAUGGGGGGCGGCUACGCCAUCCACGCGUUGGUGCUACAGGCGCUCAUUGAGUUUGCCCUCACGCCUCUCCUCACGCCACAGAUGCACACCUCCUCUCAGCUGCACGAGCACCGCACGCUGGGAGACGAGGCGAUGGCGAACGGGCUGGUGGAGUUUGAGGGGGCGUGGCGCCGCGCCACGGAGGAGGAGCCGCUGUGCUUCCAGCGGGUGCUGCUGCCUGGGAUACUCAAGGGCCAGGUGUUCCCCUCGUCGCCCGCCCAGGCCGGCUACCUGCAGCGCCACCUGCGGGUGAAGCUGCGCCUGCAGCCGCCCCCCGCGGUGCUGUGGGGGCCGGAGGGCGCGCAGGGGUGGCGGGCGCGCGUGCUGUACAUCACUCGCCUGGGGGCGGAGCUGAGGCAGCGCCGCACUUUCCUGCCGGACAGCCAUGAGGCGCUGCUGCGAGUGAUGGAGGAGAUGAACAUGGAGGUGAGCAUGGCGGAGCUGAGCCAGCUGACCUUCAAGCAGCAGUUUGACGCCAUCCAGUCGGCCGACAUCAUCCUCUCCCUGCACGGCGCCGCGCUCGCCAACCCGCCGCUCUUUGCACGGCGCACCACGGCAGUGGUGGAGAUCAUGCCGUACCACGUGCUGCACGAGACCUACUACGCCAUGGCUUUAAGUGCCGGCCUCCCCUACUUCAUGAAGAUGUGCCGCCGAGGAAGCUUCCAGGCAGGGGACCGCGCUGAGGUGGACGGGCUGAGCUUGUACGACUGCACGCACGGGCAUCCCGAGUGCAAGGAGUAUUUCACGCACCGGCGGCGGGUGGAGCUCACAGAGGAGGAUUUGAGCGACCUGAGAGUGAUACUUGGCACGGCGAGGGAGGUGGUGGCGGCAGGGCGGGGGGGCAUGGGGGAGGUGGUGCGGCCGGAGGAGCUGCCAGGGUGGGCGGAGAGGCGGUUUGGGGAGCGCUGUGUGGCGCGGGAUGCCGGGCUGUUCUGCCGGAAUGACUUUGUGCGGAUAGUGGGCGGCACGGGGGAUUUCACGUGUGUGUUUUCAAGGGAUUGUGAAGGCCAGGAGCAGCCACAGUGA